AUGUCUUCAGGAGCUCUGCAUACCGAGAGCGAGAUCGCUCCACCAAAGGACCAACAGCAUCCUGUGAAAUGGUAUAGAUCUACCUUCUUCAACAUCACCAUUCUAGGCUUGUGCAACCUGUCCGCGCCUGGAAUAUGGGUCGCCAUGAACUCGCUCGGAGCCGGUGGCGCUCAGACCCCUGGGCUGGUCAACACUGCAAAUGCACUGACAUUCUGCCUCAUGGUGGUUUCUUGCUACUUCUCGAGUGCCAUGGUCCGCUACAUCGGCAUCAAGGGAGCACUGAUCUUUGGAACUAUCGGUUACGCACCGUAUGCCGCUGGACUGUACACAAACAACCGUUUCGGCAACGAAUGGCUUGUGCUGCUCGGAGCCGCUCUCUGUGGCAUCUCAGCCGGCGUCUUCUGGAUGGCUGAAGCUGCUAUCGCCAUUGCGUAUCCUGAGCCAUGGAACCGCGGAAAAGCUCUUGGAUACUGGCUCACAUAUCGACUGAGCGGUCAGAUCAUCGGUGGAGCGAUUAACCUUGGCUUGAAUGCGGACCGCAACGAGGCUGGGAAAGUUUCUUACACAGUUUUCCAGAUCUUUAUUGCACUUCAAGCGGCUGGCCCGUUUGUCGCAUUUCUUCUCAACCGGCCUCACAAAGUUCAGCGCAAGGACGGAAAAAAAGUGAAUCUAUCCAUCGUCAACAACCCUUUGUUUGAGAUCAAGGCUACUACGAGGCUGUUUUUCACCAAGAAGUUCCUCCUUCUGGUUUUAUUCAUUGGUCAAGCAGUCUUUGCUGAAUCAGUGUUCUUCACAUACCUGGCCUUGUGGUUCAGCGUCAGAGCUCGAGCUCUCGGUUCGUUCCUGGGAGGCAUCAUAGCCAUCACUUGCGGCAACCUUCUUGGUCAUUGGCUUGACCGAGUCCAGAUUCCCCUCAAGAUCAGGGCCAGGUAUGCCUUUGCCACAAUCGUCACCCUUCAAGGUGGCUGGUGGAUCUGGGCUACCAUAUUGGUAACCAAGUUUCAUCGCACCCGCCCAACAUAUGACUGGGCGACUCCCGGCUUUGGUGCUGCGUUUGCGGUGCUCAUAUUUCUCACCAUGGGAUUUCAACUCAACUACAUGUUUCUCUACUUCAUCAUCCACAACUUGGCGGGCGAUCAAGCCGAGGUCAUCAGAUACUCGGCUCUUCUCCGAGGUACCGAGUCUGCCUGGCAAGCCCUCAGCUACGGCCUCUGCGCCAUCUCCAUCAUUGGGGAAGUUGGUGGGGUCUACAUCAACUUUGGCCUGUGGGCAGCGGCGAUCGGCCCGGCUUGGUUGGUGCUAAGGCAUUUCGGCACUCAGAUCAACCCCACGGAGAAGGAAAUCGGCCAGGCGCCCGGCUCGCCUGAUGCGAAGGUCGUCUCUGUCGCUAACUCGCCCGAGGAGAGUGACAACGGACGUUAA